CCCUCGGACUUUCCUCCCCUCCUUCUAGUUUUUAUAAGUAUACCAGAAAUCAAAAUCAAUGCCUCGAUAAGGGAACGAUAUUUGAGAGGGCUUAGAUACGUUGAACUAAACGCGGUUAAAAACGAAUAGAUUUUUUAUCAGCAGGAUAAGCAAAUGCGUUGUAGGACCCACGUAAAAUAUCGCGGGACAACCGAUAACAGACCGAUUACUUGAAAACUGGGUGUGAUACCUAUUAGGCGGCUAUUAGCUGCUCGAUAAGGCGACAGAUAUCACACCGAUAUUUCCUUGGAAAGAGUCACGAAUUUUAUACGAUCGAACGAAACGUAGAUGGGUUUGAACACCGGCGGAACUUUCAUUUAUCGUUCACUCUAUCGACUCGACUCGAUCAACUUUUCCCAAAUUCCAAACGAUUAAAAUCGUUGGUACCCGUCGUGUUUCUCGCUCGUGGCCCUCGCGCGUAAACGCGUCGUUGGUACUUUCGCGUUCUUAGCAAACGUUAUCCAAUUAUUUUUAGAUUAUCUUAUUCUAUAUACGCGUAUAUACGAAUGUAACGAAAAUCGAGAGAUCGUUCAUCCAGCUCCGUUUUCUCUCGACCGAUCACGUAGCAGCAACUGCACGUAUCGGUUAUUCUUGGCGUAUUCCGUGCUCGUCGUUGUUGGAUCGAACGAAAAUCUCGUUUCAUAAGAGAGAAUUCACUCUCCGCCUCUUCUUGCUCUCGUUUCCCAUCUUCCUCUCCUGCAGUCCUCUCGCCGCCGCUUCCAGUACCGCCUUUUUCUCUUACUCCGUCUCUCGUCACUCGCACUCGCAAUUCUAUUUCUCCCUACUAUUCGUAACUUUGCCUCUUAUUUCCAAGCCCGGUUCUUCCUUGCCCGCGUGUCCUCGCGUACUUUCGUGAGAGAUGGAUCGAACGACAUACAGAUCUUGCCGCUUCAUACGUCUGCUUCAGCGUGCAACUCUACCCUCUUUAAUUAAAGCGCAGAGAUGGCUCGAAAUCCGAUUUCCGGAUUCGCGAAACUCGACGUUUUCUUCGGCUCUCGAAACUAUUAGGAUCCAAAGUCUUUUCCCUUUUCUCUAUCUGUCGUUCGAACGAAACACCCGUUUCGUCUAGACAGGGGAAAAUCGGCGAGAAGGAACACUUUCAGUAGCUGAAAUUCGUUACGACGAACGUUGUUCGUAGGAUGAAUCGUUGCGUCUGUUUUGUUGCCACGUAACCGACUACGCUACCGCUACGAUCGAGCGGAAUCCUAUCGGACAAUUAAAAAACGAGCGUAAAGUCUGAGCACGAGGCGAAUACGAAUUCGCGCGUCAUCGAGAUUGCCUCGUGAGUGGUUCGAAUUAUCGUUCAGUCGGGUCUCGAACGAGAAGAAUUUCGACAACUCGGCUACCAGAUGGAACGUUUUACCUAAAGAGGGCAGAACUGGAUGCUGGUUUCGCGCUGGAAAUGCGACGCCCGGGGAUUCAGGCUGCGAAUGCCCGAGCCUGGAAGCUGGCCGGUAUUCGCAGUGGCUUGGCGAUGUCUGCGUCGAACGCUCGCGAAUGGAGAAUCGUCGUGGGUGCGAGCGAUCGCGAAUCGAGGAACUCGCAGCGAAGAAUUAGAAAUCACGAGUCGGCAGGAACUCGGAGAACUCCGAUACUCGACAUCCGAGGUUAGAGAACCGAUGACAGAGAUAGAGAAACAGAUGGCGAAGCAGAGGGGAACAAAGGGGAUGGUGUAGGCGUGGCAGAACCGCGAGCUUUGCCGCGAUAGGCGUGGCAGAAUCGACUGACCGCGGAUACGCAGUAGCAGAGGGGAGCGAUUUUCCCGUUACGGACACGCGGUUCCUCGCGACGUCACUUUGUGGUGCGGCGUCGAGCUAAUCGCUCGUAUCGCCGGUCGAAAUCAAAACCGGUCGUUGAUUCGUUUGUCACUGAAAAACGCACGCGUUUCGCGUCGGUGAACGAUCGGUGAUCGGUGGUCGUACCGUUUGCGUUUCGUUUCGAGGACGAUAACCCGGAAGACGGACAGAGUCGCGUAACGUGAUCGCACAUCGCGCGCAACAUCCGCGAUUUCGUAUUAAAGGGUGAGGUUGGUUGAAUUGGCCGGUCGGUCGGUCGGUUGUGCGGUCGUUCGAUCGAUCGAUCGAGUCCCGUACGCCGAUCAGAAGUCGAUCGGCCACAGCGAUCGACCAUCGAUCGAUUACCGUUCCAGUUGAAUCGGUUGGACUUGACAUAUUUCUAUCCACGCUCGAGAACAUUUAUUCGCGUAUGAUCGAGUCUCGCGGAAAGAAAACGCGGUCGAAAUUGCAAGUGGUAGACGAUCGAUCGAAAAGUAGUGUUCGCGAAGGGACCCGCUACCGAUACCAAGUAUGUACUAACCGAUCGAUUUGAGGAAUUUUCCACGCUCGCUAAACCACGAACCAGGUAUGCAUUACAACGCCCAAGGGAUCACGGAGGACUCGUACCUGCGACAGAGGCAACAGGAACAUCAACAGCAACGACAACAACAGACGGGUCAACAUACCGGCUACUCCGUACGGCAGAAGGUCCGCGAUCGUUCGUGUUCACCGAGAUCGGAUGAAGCGCGGUCGCCCGGUUCCGAGGUGAGAGGAGAGACUGCUAUCGGAUCUCCGGAAAACAUACGCUUCGUGGAAAACGGCUCUCCUUCGGAGCUCGGUGAGGAAUCGCGAAUGUCGAGGUAUCGCGAAGAGAACGAGUCGAAGAGACCUUCCUUCUCGAAGCAGGAGAACGAGUCGGCGGCGAGUUUCUUCCGAGACCCGGAAGACACCGGUGUAAAGUGUUUCACCGAGGAAAUGGUAUCGGCGGUGGCGAGUCACUACAGAGAGUCGAAUAACUCGCCGGGAAGAAUCUCGCCGCAGGAAUACGCGGUUCACUCGACCGACAGACGUCACAGUUCCUUUGGGAAAACGUCGUUCUGCAUCGACGCGUUGCUCGGUCGGGCAACCGGGAAACCGGAGAGCUUGGAUCACGAACGAUCCGAUAGAUCGAACCAAAGAUCGCUGUUCGCAACGCGAAAUUCUGUCAUCGACGCGAACCCCUGUUUGACGAACUCGUUGGUUCGUGGCCACGAUCGAGAAUCCUCUUGCACUCUAGGAGGUGUGAGCGGAGCCGCUGGAACCGGCAUCGUUACCGGUACUAACCUCGGUACUCGCGCUUGCACCGGUGCAGGCGAAACCGAAACUGCGAGCGCAGUUGGAAUCGGAGUUGCGGUCGGCGUUGGUAAUGGGACUGCGCUUAUCGGCGCUGCUAGAACGGACGAGCAAAGAACAUCUUCUUCCCUCGGAGGCCUUUUGCAUCCGUUCGACAGAACCGUCGUCCAACACGGACUCGCUUCGCCGUCGAACUUACAAGUUAUUCGCGAUCCAAGUGACAGACAAGAUAUUCGUGACCGAUCCGUACGCGACGCUCAUUUGUCCGGUAUUCGCGUGGAAUCGGUGGAAGAAACGACGAAAACGCCUUUCAAAGGGGAAAACGCUGGCAUCGGUAACGGAGGAUUUCGAGUGGAUCGGUUGGAAAAUAUCGAGGACGACGGUUCGAUCGAGGUUGAUCCUACGAGAACAGGAAGCGCCAGCUCCGGAAGCAACGCGAGCCAUAGUCCCAUCUCCAGCCCUCCGAUUUCCCCUGGAUCGGAGGAACCCAGUGGCAACGCUAUCCCUGGUAAUCCGAAUUUACCGAGUGGCCAUUAUAGCGCGCUCGGUAGCAACGCGGGAGUAGCACGACAAAAUCAAGCGCUUCUCUUACAUCCAAGUGGUCCCCUCAUACAUCCCGGAGGAUUAUAUUAUCAUCCUGCCGGUGGUAGCGCGUUUCAUUCGAUACACAAGGAAGGUCAACCCGUCGGACAUUCGCAGAGUGCCGGUGCUCAUCCUCAGCAGCAUCACAUCCAUCCACUCCAACUCGAGUGGUUGGCCAGGACUGGAAUGUUGUAUCCGAGGUUACCCGCCGAUUUAGCUGGUUGCGCGGCCCAGCAUGCCCUCCUUGGAAAAACGAGAAGGCCGAGAACCGCUUUCACGUCGCAACAGCUACUCGAAUUGGAAAAACAAUUUAGACAGAACAAGUACCUUAGCAGACCGAAGAGAUUCGAAGUGGCCACUUCGUUAAUGCUCACGGAAACACAGGUGAAAAUCUGGUUUCAAAAUCGACGAAUGAAAUGGAAAAGGAGUAAAAAGGCACAACAGGAGGCGCGGGCGAAUAAUAAGGUCGAGGACGGAGGAAACGUGAGAAGCAGCGAGAGGGAAACCGGCGGUGAUCCGAAUCCAAAUUCGCCGAGUCCGCAGGAGGAUAGCAAAGGUACUCUACAAGAAACGCAGAGGAACGCGACCGAACUUCAGGAGCCGCUUUAUCGACCUUACGUGGUAUAAAACUCUGACCAAAAUGAUCGACCCAGUGGUGCGCCAAAUGUGAACCAACCGAUGUAAGUUGCUGCUUGGCGUCAUUUUGUCGAUUAAAUCUCUUGUUGAUACCUUUGAUACUUGGUGUGAUAUGUUCGAUCGUUUCUCGAGUGAAUUUUUAAUACUACGCAAUAACAACAACAACAACAACAUCGUUAGUCGAUCGGAAAACGGAGAGAUGUACGUGCAAAAAGGAUUCAAUGGCAAAGCGAUCGAUUAGAUUUCACAAACAAAUCGCAAAUAGAGUCGCGUGCAUGUAUGAUGUAAGUAUCGACUUAUACUGUACGCAUGCUGGUGUAACAUGGCAAAACUCGUAUGUAAAUAUAGGGAACAAUACGAUGGAUAAUACACGCAUAUACGCACACACGCAUAAAUACACAGCGGCUGGUAGCUAUAGAAGUAUCUUCAAAUUUUCAAUUCCUACAGGAGGUACGAGGUACAAAGUGAUUCUUACGCGAACCUCUCAGAAAUCACACCGAUACGAUUCCGCCUUCUUUAAUUAACUUUCUAAUUUCAUUUCUCAUUUCAAUUCUGAAGAAUCAAUUAAGUUCAUAAGUUCCAUAGGUUUAUUUGCAACUGGCAUACGUUAUCGCGUAAAAGCGUAUCGCGAGAAAAUUACACGAAUAACGAUAGAUUGUGAGGUAAACUUAAAAAAUAUCGUUUGACAACAUCGUCGCUUACCUCUCGAUUUAUCAAGUUCAUUCGUGUGACUUCUGAGUGACUAACGCGUAACGCGAUAGAGAUAAAAAUUGAAAAUCUCUGGGCGGUUUCGUAAAGUGGAUUUAAAAAACGGUGUUCGUAACAUCAUCGUCGCUUACUUCUCAGAUUUAUCAAGUUCAUUGAUGCGACAUUCUCAGUGACUAAUACAUAACACUGUAGAUAAAAAUUGAAAGUUUCUGGAUGGUUUUGUAGUUAUGAGACGCAGUGUACACAAGUUCGAGCCCAUGUCAGACCGGUGCAUGCGCACGAUUGCUGUUAUCAGCAGCGAUAUGCCUAGAAAAUUAAUCGAAUCCUCUUUACGGUGUUCCCCCGAGUCGUUUUGAAAUGUUUACAUAACGAAGGCUCGUAUCAAAGGGAAGAAAAGAAAAUAUGGCUUAUAUUAAUGAGUAUAAAGUGGGAGGAAUUAUAUAUAUACGCGACGAUUCGCAGCAAUAGUUGUAUAAAACCAUCGAUUAGAACGCAACGGCUAAGCGCCUUGUGAAAAGAUUGAACAUUCUUGACUGUAACUCUUCUCCAACUGUUGCUCUAGAUCUACAUGAAUUGAAAACACGUAUCUAUUUAUGAUAAAUUACAUAAUUGUAAAUAAUAUUCGUAUACGUCUAGGGUAGAAAGUGCGAUGCGAAGGAAAACGUCAUAUUAUGUCGCAACAAGUUCCUAAAAUAAAUCACAA